AUGGACAUAUGUGACUUUAUUGUUGAACGACGAGCACAUAGGACCCUGAAGCGUACCAGUGGUAAUUUCGCCGCCAGUGUUAGUAAUCUCUCCAGUCUGGACCCUGAAAGGUGCUCCACCAACUCUCAAAAGACUCCCGAUCUGAGAGCCAGGUCCACCAGCAUGACUUCCCUUGCUGAGCCAUCACCUACAGCUGAUCUCACUUUCUUCAUUGCCCGAUCCACUGACCCCUCCACCAGGCUGCUUUUACGUGCCGCCUCGAACAGCGAGACCGAAAACUGGAUUUCGACGCUUCGACAGGCUCAAAUGGAUUACGAAAAUGCGGUGGAAAAGUAUAAAUUUGAACAGUCACGUGACCAAAACCCCCAAGUGUCCUCAUUUGUGGCAGCCCUCUCGGUGUUUGUGAUUUCUGCUUCAGACCUGAUGCUUUUAGGUGACGACAAAAAAGAGACUCCUUCACCCUUCUGCAACGUGAGCGUCUGCUUGAGGUCGCGAAAGACUAAUGUGGUCCUCUUUCGACGUUCUCCGACCUGGAAUAUCGGCUGGAAGUUUCCCAUUGGGGACGUUAAUCGCGACGUGGAUCUCGAAGUCGCAAAGUUCCUGAAUCUGGCUCCGGAUGUCGAUCCGGAGUACCCAGUCAUGUUUAAUAUUAUCUUCUGGCUGACAGUGACUCUCAUCUUGUCUGUCUGGUAUGUCGCUCACGGUAUUUGGAAUAUGGAUCCUGGACGUGAUGGCAUUCUGUAUCGUAUCACCCCGGGCCGUCCGAAGCAGGACUGA